UACUACUCUAUCUUCAAUUUUGCAAAACUUGGCGGAUAUAUAUAUGGUUGAGUUUAGUGGACAUCAUCAACCUCUGGACUAGUAAAUUCUAUGGUUCUUGUUUUUGUCAAAACAUGGAGAGAGCAAUAAUAAUAUACUUCGGGGUUCUGCUUUUAACUCUAUUAUGUGCCUCCUUUAUCUACGCACUUGUACCCGAUACCACUAAUACUCCAGGUUUCAUAACCAUUGAUUGUGGAUCGAGCAAAGAAUACUUGGACGAAGAAGCAGGAAUUUGGUACGAGACGGACAAAAGCUUAGUAGAAACAGGGAAGAAUUGGAAGGUUCCAGGGAGUUCAAAUUUAAACGAUCCAUACUUCGGAAAACCAUCAAGAACAGUGAGAUGCUUUCCGGAGGGAGUGAGAAACUGUUACACACUAAGAGCGCCACAACACCAGAGGUAUCUAAUUAGGGCUAUAUUCACAUAUGCCAACUACGAUGCCAAAAAUCAAAGCAUGACCUUUGAUAUUCACCUUGGCGUGAAUUCAUGGGCCACAGUGAGUCUUGAUUCCAAUUUAUAUUGGGACUUCACGGAAAUUAUAUACACUCACACCAGUGAUUCCAUACAAGUUUGUCUUGUAAAAACUGGCCAAUCAAUUCCUUGCAUUUCUUCGUUGGAACUACGCCCUUUGAACACCUCUGUUUAUGCUCUCAACUCAACCACCAAUCCACAAUCAUUACUGUGCUAUCAAUCACGGAUUGACGUUGCAUCACUUACCUCCCCUCAAUAUAUGAGGUACAGAGAUGAUGUUUAUGACCGGAUUUGGAGGUAUGAUCGUGACGUAGAUACUUGGCGAAGCUUGGUAUUAGAUGAUAACUCGACGGCCAUUGAUGUUGAUGCUUAUAAGUUACCAUCCCAAGUAAUGAAAACUGCUGCGCAAUCACUGAAUAUGUCGCAUCCCUUAGAAUUGGGCCUCUCCACUUUGUUAAUAGAGCUUGAUGACGCUACAGAGUAUUAUGUGUACUUCCACUUUGGGGAAAUUCAGAAACUCACGGCUGGGAGAAAAAGAUUAAUUAACAUAGCCCUUAAUUCGCAAAGCAUACACUCACAACCCUUGGUUCUUGAAUACCUGAAACCAGUUACUGUUGGUUCUUCAUACACAGCACAAGUUAGUGCUACUUUUAGUAUUAGUGCAGCGUUAGGAUCGGAAGCUCCUCCUAUCCUCAACGCCUUUGAGGUCUAUAAGUUGAUCACGCAAAUCGAUUCUCCAACUGACCCAAGAGAUGUUGGUGGUAUGAAGGACAUCAAAAGUGCGUACCAGAUAUCUAGGUUAAGUUGGCAAGGAGAUCCAUGUCUUCCAGAUCAAUUUGCAUGGGAGGGUCUCACUUGCAACUAUCAAACCAAUCCAAGGAUCACGUCAUUGAAUCUGAGCUCAAGCAAACUGAGAGGGAAGAUAAAUUCAUCAUUCUCAUGUCUCACGGAACUAGAAUACUUGGAUUUAUCUAAUAACGAGUUGGAAGGAUCUCUGCCUGAAUUUUUGGGAGAUCUGUCAAAGUUAAAAGUUCUCAGGUGGAACCUUUUUGCACUUCUCAACAUCUCCUUCUUUUCCAGCCAAGUGAUACUUAAAUCGAUUAAUCCCACCUCCCCUAACAGUAAUUUGACAGGAAACAACCUUUCGGGUUUAAUUCCUAAGGCUCUCCGAAAGAAGGUUGCAGAUGCAAGUUUGCAAUUAAGUGUUGGUGGUAAUCCUAAUCUCUGCGUAAAGGAUUCAUGCAACAAUAAGAAGUUUGUUACACCACUCAUGGCAUCUCUUGCAGCAGCUUUAAUUUUAAUCCUUUUGAUCCCUGGAUUUUGGAUAUUCCAAAGAAGACGAAAAGAAAAAGAAGCACAUAUUAUUAAAGAGGGAGCAUCGUUGAAAUUAAAACAAGCAGCAUUCACUUACAAUGAGAUUGUCUCUAUCACUGAUAACUUCAAAACAAUGAUUGGAGAAGGAGGAUUUGGAAAAGUUUAUUUUGGCAUUUUACCGGAUCACACUCAAGUUGCUAUCAAGUUGCUUUCUCCGUCAUCACGGCAAGGUUAUACGGAGUUUCAAUCAGAGGUACAUCUUCAUAGCCUUAUUCGUCAUAGGAACUUAGUCUCUCUCGUUGGGUAUUGUGAUGAAGGAGAGAAUAAAGCAUUGAUUUAUGAAUAUAUGUCCAAUGGAAAUCUCCGGCAACAUUUGUCAAGGCAAAACCCAUAUGUAUUGAAUUGGAAUGAGAGACUCAACAUAGCAAUUGAUGCAGUGAAUGGACUAAAUUAUUUGCAUAAUGGUUGCAAUCCAUCAAUCGUACAAGAUUUGAAGACUUCAAAUAUAUUGCUAGAUGAGUGGAAGCAUGCCAAGAUAGCUGAUUUUGGUCUAAGUAGAGCUUUUCGUAAUGAUAUUGAUUCUCACAUAUCAACCUGUCCUGCUGGUACCCCAGGUUAUAUUGAUCCAGAGUUUCAAAGGGUUGGAUGUUUGAAUAAGAAAAGCGAUAUUUACAGCACUGGCAUCAUUCUGCUUGAGUUGAUAAGCGGGAGACCUGCAAUAUCAAGAGAAGCCAAAGGAGAAGCCAUUCACAUACUUGAAUGGGUUAGGCCCAUAUUUGAAAGUGGUGAUGAUGAUGACAUUCAAAACAUUGUUGAUUCAAGGUUGUUGCAAGGAGAAUUCAACGUUGAUUCCGCAAGAAAAGUUGUACAGAUUGCAGUGUCUUGCGCUUCACCAACUGCAGCUGAAAGACCAGACAUAAAUCAAGUCCUUGUAGAGCUGAAGGAAUGCUUAUCUUUUGAUACGCCUGAGGUGUCCGUACACAUUGAAACUGAGUGUUCUUUGAUCUCCGGUAGAUAGCUAGCAUGUAAUAGCUAACAAUUAAUCUGAAAAAUUUAAACUGAUAAAAAAAAAUAACGUGAAUAAAUA